AUUCAAAAUGGCGGACGCAGAUUUGGAGCUCGACUCUGAGCGAGCGUCUGCAAAUCUCUCUCAUCAGAUGGUGAGGAAGAAGAUAUCAUUGAAAUUGAAGCCGAAAUCAGAAGGGAAAUCGAAGAAAAAGGACAAGAAGAAAAGUGAAAAAAAGUCAAGUCUUGAAGGUGAUAAAGAAGGAAAAAAGAAAAAAACGUCCAAUGUAGAAUCAACAUCAACCGCAAAGCCGAAAAGUGAAUUAAACUGGAAUCAACAGAUCUUCCUGAUUGGUCAAAAAGUUCAAGAUCCUUUGCUCCACCAAUGUGAGAUAUGCGCAUUACCUAUACUGGUGUAUGGAAGAAUGAAUCCCUGCAAACACACGUUUUGUUUGGAAUGUGCUGAAAAGUCCAGAGAUAAAUGUCCACGAUGUGGGGAUCUUGUACAGCGUAUUGAACAAGCGAAACUCGGGCAAGUUUUCAUGUGUUCCUUCGGUGGCAGUCGUUACGGUAUAUCGGGCUGUCGUCGUAGCUAUUUGUCGCAACGUGAGUUACAUGCACACAUCAAAAGACGACAUCAUGGUGAGGCUAGCAGUGCGGCGAGCGAUCUCUCGGCCGAAUUUGCCAAUGAUCUCAAACGGACUGAAAUGCCCUCGUAUCCAAACCCAAUGCCAGCUGUCCCUAUCAUGCGAGAAGGCCUGCCACCUCAACCCGACCGAGCAUUUCAGGGACGUUUACCAUUAAUUGCCGAUCAUCCAAUCCACCCGGUCAUCCCCAUUGAGGCGUACCAACACCGACCUCCCGCACCCAAUUUACCCCCUACACAAGGAGUCGUUCCUCGUAUGGGUAGUUCAACGGUACCACCAAGAAUCAUGACCGGAGAUCCGAACCUUGUCAGGGCAAGGUUCGAUGAUAUAUCUCGGAAUACGAUACCCGUUGGACAGCCGCAGGUCCGCUUCCCCGGGCAGGAGGGCGAGAUUCGCCCGGGUUGGAUGCCUGCUGACAGAGAAUGGGUGCAUCCCAUGCAUGUCGACGGAGCUUGGAUGCCACCGAGAUCAGGUAGUGGCCCUGUUCCUGGUGUACCUCACGGCGUCAGGCACGAAAGGCCCCCGUUUAUAAGAGGUACGACACCAUUUUACUGAAAGAACUUUUUCUAUUCAUCUUUUCAUUAUGUUGUAAAGUGUAAAUAAACACAAAAGCUAUAGAGCAAAACUUUCGAUGGAAAUACACUGCGGAAAGGUGAUUUUGCCGAUUGAUUAUGCAGAAUUAGAAAACAAAACGCUUCGUUCAUGCGACUUGGCUACAUCAAUGACCAAACGAGAUUUAGAGGAGGUAUGAAGUCGUCUUUUCUGUGAAAUGGGCCUUACAUUGUGAAAUGUAAUCUUGUGAACCACUUAAGAUCGCGACUUUGGGAUGGUAAAUAUGUAUGAUUGUGUUCAUAUAUGUACAUUGUCAUGGACUUAUUCAUGGGAGUCGGGAUGGACUUAUACAUUGGGGGUGGGGUGGAAUCAGUGUGGAAUCUAUACAAGGAUGGAUAUGAGGUAGGGGUGCUGUUGAGAGUUGCCUACGCCCCUAUCCUUAGCUAAGAUUUGCAUGAAAACAUCCACAAACGAGCCAUCGAAAUAUAAUUCAAACUAGACUGA